UUUUUUAGUAUAAUCGCUAGUUUCAAUCACUAUUGUUAUUGUAAUAAAAAUGGCUACCUCUGAAGAGAUGUCUAAAUUUGAUGAUGUAUUUCUUGGUAUAUUACAGCAUUGUGGCAAAAUUGAGCCUUUUCUUGAAAGCAUAUUUAACUUCUUGUCAAGAAAAACAGAUUUUUUUCAUUUAAUGCACAGUAAAGAUGACAAAUUAGGAUUUCCACCUGGUGUAGCGGAAAAGGUUUUAUUAACAAUUUUCAAAAAGUAUCAAUCUGAAGUUCUUAAAACUGAUCCUUUAUACAACAAAAAUAAGCAAAAAAAAGAACCUGUAAAUGAUGUUUCUUUGUCUAAAAAAUCAAGCACAAAUGAAGAUGAUGUUCCUAUGGUUUCAAAUUAUGUUGAAAUAAAGAACACACAGCAGAAAGAUGAAAAAGGUGAAAAAAUAAAAGAUAAAAAUAAUAAAGGAAGUACAAGUGAACUAAUGUCCUCAGAAUGCUAUAAUGGUGGAGUUGAAAAUACAUAUACAUGGUCACAAAAUCUUACAGAUGUAGAUAUUAAGGUUCCUGUUCCAUCAUCUAUCAAAAAAUCUAGUGAUGUCACUAUUAAAAUUCAAUCAAAUUCAUUAAAAGUUUUUUUAAAUAAGCAUCCAUGCCAAGAGAGUGGGUUUGAUAAUCCAAUACUUAUUGAUGGUGAAUUGACCAAUCGCAUUAAGAUUGAAGAUUCAAUGUGGAGUCUUGAGCCUGGUAAGCACAUACUUAUAAAUCUUGAGAAAUGUCAGCAUAAAUGGUGGACUUCAGUAAUUGUGGGUGCUAAAGAAAUUGAUAAGCAAAGUAUUGAUACUACGCAAAAUGUACAUGAUUUUGAUGAACAAACCCAGUCUGAUAUUCGCAAAGUGAUGUAUGAUCAGCAACAAAAAUUAAUGGGGAAACCAACAAGCGAGGAACAGAAAACUCACGAUUUGUUGAAAAAAGCUUGGGAUGCAGAAGGUUCUCCUUUUAAAGGAACACCAUUUGAUCCAUCUGUUGUGAAUAUAAAUGGUUCUUCAAGUUUUAAUAAUUAACUUCUUUCAAAAUUUCGUCGUGCUAUGCAAUCGUUAAUCAUUUUGUUUUUUUAAACUUGAAAUUUCACGUUUUACAUUUUUUACUAACAAAUAAAUUGUAAAAUUUAAAUUUACCAGAAAAUAAAUUGUAAAAUUUCUUUAUUGUAACUCAAAAUUUCCUGUAGUAAUUUGUAUUUUUGAGAUUCAAGAUUUCUCAAAUUUUUCGAGAUAUCAA